CUUCAGAUCCCCGCACACACAAAAGCCUCUCAAGUCCAACAGAUAGGCCGCCUUCUUCCUCAUUUCACUGCAGCUAGCUUCCUAUUUUUCUUCUUCCAAAAUCCGGGGAUUUCAAGAGAAGAGAAAGAGAAAUAAGGGUUCUGCGGGUUGUGGGUCGGUGUGUUUUGUGGUUUUCUAUAUAGGGUUUCUAAGGAGGGAGGGAUUUUGAUUUGGGUUGUGACGGUGGUGGGGUAAAACCCUUGUUUGACGAGUUGUAGACAUCACGGCUAUACAAAGAAUUCCGCCGCCUCUCUUACAUGUCCGGGCGGUACGACGCAAGGGUUGUGUAAUUGAGAGCAACCCUUCGCCGCACGGCGGGCGUGGCGCUUUGCCUUCAGAAGGCGGUAGUCCCUCUGAUCUGCUCUUCCUCGCCGGCGGUGGUUCCAACGCUUUCCUCUGCUAGUUUAGGCUUAUAUUCUGUAUAACAUAGCUACUGUCUUUAGGAUUAGAUCAACCAAUCCGUAUCGAACACUCGAUCUCUCGCUUUAGCCAUUUCUUUAGAUCAAUCAAUCCGUAUCGAACAAUCGAUCUCUCGCUUUAGCCAUUUCUUUAGGUUGGUGUUUGAGUUCUUGAAAAAAUGAAUACGCUGAGGAUUAAGAGGGUACCCACCGUGGUUUCGAAUUACCAGAAGGAGGAUUCAGACGAUGGUGCUCGUCAGGUUGGUGGUUGCGGCCGCAAUUGCCUCAAGCAGUGCUGCAUUCAAGGAGCAAAACUCCCUCUUUAUGCCUACAAGAAGGUGAAGGACGUUGUUAACGAGAAAGCUUCGAGCGGUGAUGAAAACAAAGAGCAGCCUGUGCCCUUCCUUGACUCUCUCGUUCUUGGAGAGUGGGAGGAUCGUAUGCAGAAAGGGCUCUUUCGAUAUGAUGUCACUGCUUGCGAAACCAAGGUGAUUCCGGGUGAGUAUGGGUUCAUUGCCCAGCUGAAUGAGGGCCGCCACCUGAAGAAGAGGCCCACUGAGUUCCGUGUGGAUAAAGUCCUCCAGCCCUUUGAUGGGAACAAAUUCAACUUCACUAAAGUUGGGCAAGAGGAGGUGCUCUUCCAGUUUGAACCAAGCAAUGAUGAGGAACCUGAGUUCAUCCCCAAUGCUCCCAUUGAUGUCGAAAAUUCUACAAGCGUUGUUGCCAUCAAUGUUAGUCCUAUUGAAUAUGGGCAUGUGCUUCUAAUCCCAAGGAUUUUCGAGUCCUUGCCGCAGAGGAUCGACCGUGAAAGCUUUUUGCUUGCCCUUGACAUGGCUGUGGAAGCAGGAAAUCCAUAUUUCCGGUUGGGUUACAACAGCUUGGGUGCAUUUGCUACCAUCAACCACCUUCACUUUCAGGCUUAUUACUUGGCCACACCCUUUCCCAUUGAGAAGGCUCCAACUAGGAAAAUAACCACUGCAGGCAAUGGGGUGAAGAUCUUUGAGCUGUUAAAAUAUCCUGUUAGAGGUCUUGUCUUUGAGGGUGGAGACACUCUGCAAGAUUUAGCGAACACUGUGGCCGAUUCCUGCAUUUGCCUUCAGGAUAACAACAUACCUUUCAAUGUUCUCAUUGCUGAUGCUGGGAAACGUAUCUUUCUCUUUGCACAGUGUUAUGCUGAGAAACAAGCUCUUGGGGAAGUGAAUCAGGAGCUUCUGGACACCCAAGUGAACCCAGCUGUCUGGGAGGUUAGUGGACAUAUUGUGCUGAAAAGGAAGGAGGACUACGAGGGGGCAUCUGAGCAGAAUGCUUGGAGGCUUCUUGCUGAGGUCUCUCUCUCUGAAGAGAGGUUCCAAGAAGUGAAUGCUCUUAUCUUUGAAGCCAUUGCCUGUGGAGAUGAUGAAAAAGGAAAUCUCACCGAGAACAUGAUUGAGGAGCCAGAUGUCACACCUCCAUCUCAUGAAGAUGCAGGUGCCAUCAACAAUAGCUCCUACCCUGCUGCCAUGGUGGCUGGAAAGCAAGAAUGCCUAGUUCAGCAGUAAAGAGUUGGGCUUUUGAAGAACAGAUGAAUGGUGUUUGUGUUUCUGAGUCAGGUAUCGGUGGUUUAGCAUGGAUGUUUCCGUGUCUCUGUGGUUUCUAGUAAUUGCUUAAAUAAAGCAGACUGGGUUUUGCACUGUUGUUGAAGUUGUGCCUGGUUUCUCUGCGUAUUUGCUUUAUGACCUAUUGUUUAUACGUGUCUCAUGGGUCUGUAAAAUUCUAUGCUGUACUUUCUGUGAUGAUUGAAUAAAUUUCUGUUCUUCGGUUUCUAAA